UUGCGCACGUGGACCGGGUGGAGGCGACCACGCCACACCCAGCAGACGCAGGCCCAGCCCUCACGCGGAAGGAACAGAUUGUGCAACAGCUGAAGAAGCGGAGCUUCACUAGUUGCUCCCUCCGUGUGCCUUAUCCACUGCACCACCAUGCCGGGGAGUGAGCGCACUCAGCCGCCCUUCCGCGCCGGGGAAUUAGUGGAGGGUGUUCGAAUGUGAAGUGGAUGUUUUUUCCCGUAGUUGUCGCAACUUUUUUCGGGAGGAAUGAGAGGUGCGUGUGUGGCUCUUAAAAUGGGAUUGUUUUUGCACAACGCGGCGCCUGUCACCCCCACGGCCGCCACCGCGGAAAGGAACCUGCUGCUCUGUGAAGGUGCAAACAACCAGAGCUACAUGUGCGAGUCAGGUCACUGCUGCGGAGAAUCUCAGUGCUGCAGUUACUACUAUGAGGUCUGGUGGUUUUGGUUGGUGUGGGCCAUCAUCUUCAUUUUGAGCUGCUGCUGUGUGUGUCACCACCGGCGCACCAAACACAGACUGCAGCAACAGCAGCGACAGCACGAGAUCAACCUCAUUGCUUAUCGUGAAGCACACAACUAUCCCUCAGUGCCCUUCUACUUCAGGUUUCUACCAAGCUACCUCCUGCCAGAUUAUGAAGAAGUAGUGAAUCGGCCGCCUACCCCUCCCCCACCAUAUAGUGCCUUACACACAGGACCAUCCACAGCAACCUCACAGCCUCAUCCUGAGCAGCAGGAAGGACAUUGUCCCGCCACUCAACCCAUGCCAGUUCCUCCAGACUCUGAGCGCCAUUGUAGCAGACCCAAUUCGGAAGCGCAACGACCCCCCCCUACUUUAGAUUUAAGUCCCAAGGCGGACAACAAGCCGGUGCAGACCACACAAGACUCGAGCAUGAUACUUUUGUCCGAGGGGCUCAGUAGAGAGGGACUCGAACAAGAGGAGAAAAGAAGCGACUGCAAGGAUCCUCUUCUGAAGGAUCUGUCCGAUGACAAAGAUCGACUCCCUAAUGGCAGACGACGACGAUUCACCGGGGACUCCGGGAUUGAGGUGUGUGUGUGCGGCUCACGCGGGAGCAACGGUUGUGGUGGAGCAGGCAGCCAAGAAGGUAAGGAGUUGCGGGAGCUGGACAGCCUUCUGGGCCGCGAGGGAGACGAGGAGGAGGCUGGAGACUUCUGUGACAGCUGUGUUCAGCGGUCCUCCUUCACCGUGGAGGAAGAGCGGGCGCUGGGCGCCUCAGAGAGGAGAGCAGCAUCAGGAUCCUCUCAGGCGCCUCACCACACAGGCAGCGCCUCACCGUACCCUCCGGUGUGUCUCCUCUUGCACACCAUCAGCGAGCAGGACGGUCCUUACCAAAGCACCAGCACAGAGGCGCAGGGUUGAAAGAAACCUUGGUAACCGCAACAAAGGACUUAGAAACCUUAUAUGUGUGUCAAGACUUUUAAAAGGUGUGGUGCAGAUACCCUGUAGAGCUUCAAAGCUAGGACUGAGUGAUAAGAAAACAGCCCUAAUACACACUGGAACAUGAAGCAGCCUUAGUUAGACAGGAGACCUCUUCUGAAGCAGCUCGGUCAGUGGCUUUGAACCCUUUUGCACACUUGACACAUGCCAAAGACUAGACCACUAGAACAGAAACGGGAAGAUGGCUAAUCUCAUUAGGUGUAUACAACUAAUUGCAACCGUUUCUAUUCGCCUGUGUCACACAUUCAACAGGUCCUUCCAGCAUAAAUGUGUGUUUGAGCAAGCAAGAACAUCUGACCUGCACCUGAAAGUGCUUUUUUUCAGCAAUUUCUCAAAAUUGCUCUGCUUGGGUCCUAUUUCUUGCGCUCUAUCUGAACCACUAGUUAAAGUGCAUUAACAAGUCGUCAUACGAUGAGCAGUUCCUAUUUUGCACAAAUUGUAUUUAUAUUUUAUAAAUUAAGCUUUUAACAAAAAAGACCAUCGUUCUGUGUUUCAUCAGUCUUAUAUGGUUCAUUUCAAGACUGGAAUGGAACGGAAUAGUCACUUGUUGAGUCCUAAAUGGUCUUUUUUGGUAACUUUAUGAAUGUUAGCAAUAUGUGCCUACAAGAAAAGCUGACAAGGAGAGCAUGUACCAAAAUAAUUCUUAAAGAUACUAAUGAGGCGGACAUUACUUUCGCUCACAUAAGCAGAUGAUCCUGUUCACCAGCUGCAGCGUUUAAAAGCACUGAUCUCAGUGGCUGCAUUUACAGUUAUUAUAUAUUAUAUUAACGGACUUACCGUAUCGUUCUCCUACAGUGGUAUUGAGAAGUUACUGUCAUUUAACAACAAGUGCGUGCAUAAGCCAUAAUUUGCACAAAACGAUGCUAAACAUUUUGCCCGUCUUCUAAUGUGUGCUGUUUAAUAACCUGAGGGAUGAAUUGUGCCUUUUAAAGGGUGCUGAAGGCAUUUUUUUGUUUUCUUUUACCAUGGUUCAAAUGGUGUUAAUUAAUGUCUUACUGGACUCGUCAUGAAGGUUGUAGUAGUAAUCCUCAAUAUAGUACACAUGGCACACAAUGGUACAUGGCAAAAAGACUCUGCAUCUUGGAAAUCGUAUAGAAGAUACAAAACCUGUUAAUAAAAUGACUAAAUUGUACAAAUAUCCUAUCCAUGAAUACAAUGCGUCUGCAAAGUAUUCACAGCAGUUAAUUUUUACCACAUGUUAUGUUAUAGCCCUAUUCCAAAAUGGUAUAAAUUCAUUUUUGUACUUAACAUUUUACACACAAUAUCCAAUAAUGACAAUGUUAAAAGUUUUUAUUUUAUUUUGCAAAUGUAUUAAAAAUAAAAUGCUAAAAAGUCACAUGUACACAAGUAUUCCCAGCAUUUGCUAAAUAUUUUGUUGAUGCCCCUUUGGCAGCAAUUACAGCCUCAAGUCUUUGAAUACAAUGCCACAAGCUUGGCACACCUAUCUUUUGGCAGUUGCAUGCAUUCCUCUUUGCCCAUUCUUCUUUGCAGCACCUCUCAAGCUCCAUGAGGUUGGAUGAGAAGUGUUGGGUUUCAUCCUGGAUGUCUCUUUAUUCAUCUUUCCCUCUAUCCUGACGAGUCUCCCAGAUCCUGCCACUGAAAACCAUCCCCACAGCAUGAUUCUGCCACCACCAUGCUUCACUGUAGGGAUGGUAUUGGCCUGGCAUUCACCCCAAAGAGUUCAAUCUUUGUCUCAUUGGACCAGAUAAUUUAGUUUCUCAUGGUCUUGGGGGUCUUUUAGGUGCGUUUUGGCAAACCUUAUACCAAGAAAUGGCUUCCACUAACAUAUACCAUACAGGCCUGUUUGCUGCAGAGAUGGUUGUCCGUCUGGAAGAUUCUUGCUCCACAGAGAAAUGCUGUAGCUCUGACUGGUCUAGACUAAGAUGAAUGCAGCAAUGUACAAAGACAUCUUGAAUGAAAACCAACACUUCCCAUCCAACCUGAUGGAGCUUGAGGUGCUGCAGAGAGGAAAGGGCAAAACUGCCCAAAGAUAAGUGUGCCAAGCUUGUGGCAUCGUAUUAAAAAAAGACUGUAUAGCUCGGUUGGUAUAGCGGCCGUGCCAGCAACUUGAGGGUUCCAGGUUCGAUCCCCGCUUCCGCCAUCCUAGUCACUGCCGUUGCGUCCUUAGGCAAGACACUUUACCCACCUGCUCCCAGUGCCCCACACUGGUUUAAAUGUAACUUAGAUAUUGGGUUUCACCAUGUAAAGCGCUUUGAGUCACUCGAGAAAAGCGCUAUAUAAAUAUAAUUCACUUCACUUGAGGUUGUACUUGCUGCCAAAGGCGCAUCAACAAAGUAUUGAGCAAAGACUGUGGAUACUUAUUUUUAAAUAAAAACAUUUUUACAUUGUCAUUAUGGGGUAUUGUCUGUAGAAUUUUGAGAACAAAAAUUAAUAAGGCCGUAACAUAAAAUGUGGAAAAAGUUAGGUGCCGUGAAUAUUUUCCAGGUACACUGUGUUUGCCUCGCAGUUUAAACGUGACCAUCAUGCACUACAAAAAGCAAAUGGUCACAUGUCAAAUACAAACGAACUGUACCCUAACAAAAUCUCCCACUAACUGUGAGAUGAAUGUGCAUGGAAAACAUAUGUUACAAAUAUUGCAUCCGGGAUAAGCCCCAGUCGAAAAUGGAAAGGAUUUUUGCAGACCGAACAUUUAGCAAACUUUGCAAAGCACAAUGUUUUCAGCUAAUGUAAAAGUAUGCAUACUCUGAAACACGAAGCCCCUUCUCAAAGCGCUGUCUGUUUUAGUACCGUUAAUUGUGUGAUUCCAUAUCAUUUUACCCAUCAGACAUACACAUUGUUGUUGUGGUACAAGUACAGUAGUGUAAAGAGUUAUUUUUCCAUUGAUAACUUAAAAAAAACCUGUCAUAUUUAAAUUUAAAAAAAAAGGUGUACAAUGACAGGACAUGUUCUAGCCAAACAUGAAAAUAAAAAUCAUUAGCUUUAUUUGUGAAGGGUACACCAUGAUUGAACAUGCAUGUUUGAAGCACAUAAGGAGAAAUCUUGCCAAAGACUUGUUUUGUUCAUCAUUGUGUGGAAGUGCACAUAUCCUUUGAAUGUCAACUACGCCAACAUCAACCAAGGUGGAUGUACUUUCAAUAAACAUUUUGAUUUAAUCUGA